AUGGAUCGCCCAGAGCCAGGACUCGUCAAAUGGUCCCCCAAGGCCUCCAUCGACAGCUUUGUGCACAUAAACCUGCAACAUCGCGUUGUUCAGCUCUAUGAGCCCACUGGCCACGCCCGCGCAGGGAGGUUCGACUAUGCCAAAGUCAGCAGACACGAUGACUUUCCCCCUCUGACGACGUACGAUUGGUCCCCUGAGAAUCCAAGCCUGCUGGCGGUUGGAACUGGGGCCGGCAUUGUGAACCUCUUGAGGAUCGAUGACAGCUCUAAUGCAUACGUCGAGCUGGGCCUCAAGAUGGCUCGGACGUGCCAGGCUGUCUCCUUCAACACAACUGGCCUGUUGGCGGUAGGGUUGGACCGUGUUCGGAUGGAUCAAAGUCUUCAGAUAUGGGACGUGCACCGCUUGUCGUCCGUGACACCUCUGGGAAAGGGGUUCCCUGAGAAUUGGGGCAGUCUUUCGGAACCCAAGAGGGUUGAACCAAGCGUGUCAGUCUCUAGUAUCAAGUUCUUCGAAGACAGUCCUCAAGUGCUGGUGGCCGGCAUCAAGGGCCAAGGUGUCAGGAUACACGAUCUUCGUGAUCCAACUGGUGUCAUCACUUUCCCCACCAAGUGCAACAACAACUUGGCAAUCGACUACGCUGAUCAAAACUAUUUUGCAUCUUCGGCACUCGACCACCCCGGCGUCAUGAUAUGGGACCGUAGAGCAACCUCUCGCCCCGCAGCGUCUCACACGUACACCCAAGCGGUUGAAGAAGACGACCUGCCCUGGGGUGGAGCCUUACGCCUCGAUACCGUCGUCGACACUGAUUCCGAUUCUUCUAUGGCUGAGGAGAAGCACUCUCUCAUUCGCUCUCUGCGUUAUUGCCGUGACCAUCGCGGUCUGCUGGCUGUCUUAUCCCGCACCGGACAACUCAAGGUCCUGGAGACCAACAAAGAGCUUCCGUCAUCUGACGCCGUGCCGCACGAGGGCCCUGAGCUUCUCAAGGUACAGCGAUCCCACGAGAUGGACGUUUCAUACCGCGAAAACUCUAGAAAGAAUGACAGAAUCGUCUCCUUCGAUUGGGUGACGCUCGGCUCGGCCGCCUUGCGACCUAGGCUCCUGGUACUGCGGGCAAACGGCGGGUUCGAUAUCUUGGAGCAGGCAAGUCGUACGGCCGAUCAUGUCUUUAAGCUCGUACCCUGGCAAGCCCCUCAUCGCGGCCUCGAAGAGAACACUCCAUACCAGGAUCUGAUGCGGUUUGAAGCCACCCAGGCUCCAAAGAUGCUGGCCCCCAUCAUCAUAGAGAACAACUUAUCUGAUGUUCCCAUUUUCGGGCCGGAUAGGGUGAACGUUGAGGCCAUCAUUGAGAAGACUCUGGACCCAAAGACGCCAAUUUCAAUCUCUGUUGAACUUGCGAACCAGAUAUCUUCACCUUUGCCCGAGGCCUUUACAACGGCCCCGACAAUUGCAGAAAAGCUCCGUAGCCUACGCAACUAUGUACGAGAAGAGAGCAAUGUUCCGGAUUCGCCCGCAGAAGGCCGGCCCCACGCCAGCGAUGUGAAGCGGCUGAAUCAUGGCAAACCUGGCUCGGCAUUGAUCAGCUCCAAUGGCAUUGGAUCUUGUACAGAGAUCCAUGAAGCGCUCCUCGGCACUCUUGCGUCGGCAUCUGGACUUCCCAGGGAAGCGCAAGUCGUGGUGGACCACGUCAAGCUCUUUCGUGCAAAGGAGAGAUAUCUGUUCGAUGCUGUCACCAAUAGGAACGUGAUAUCUGACGACCCCUGGAAGCGAUUCGUCUGGGACUGGAUUGGUGAUGCGGAACGAGCUGCAGACGAUGGCGCGUUAAUGCUAUCUCACAUGGAUCUCAGUUACCUGGGAGUGCAUGCUAUAUGGACGAAUGAUCUCGGCCGGAAUCCCACCUCUCGUCUGUCUCCAGGUGCCCACGUUCCCGACGCCUAUGCAUGGGAACGUUCCAUCGGCGCAUAUUGUAAGAAGCACCAGUUGCCCAAAUUUGACGGGGUUGCGACGAAGAAACCUCAUCAUCGCCAGCUGUGCCUUGAGAUAUGUGGCUGGGGCGAUGACCAGAAUCAUGAUCCCAGCGGCCUGGACCGGGAAGCCGACCCGGAAUAUCCAGCCGGCAUCCACACAAUGGCCGCUUCCCGCGCUCUCUUCAGGGGCGAUACAAAGCUGGCCGUAGAGAUCCUGAAGGAGGCCAGCCAGUCACAUCCGGAGCUGCUCUUUGUGUCGUUGGCCCUGCAGCUCAUCGGCCGCGAGGGCAGACAGCUUCCCAAGGAGAGGCUGGAAAUCGACGAGGCCGUGGCGUCCAAGACGGAUCCGUAUCUUCGGGCGAUAUCAUCCCUGAUAGCCACGGGCGACUGGACCAUCAUCGCCAAUCAGCCCUCCCUGCCCCUUGCCGAUCGAGCGUACGUUGCGUUGCGCAACUUCUCGGACGAGCAGCUCACUGCGUGGCUCAACGAGCAGGUCUCGCGCGCCGUGGCAGAAGGAGACAUCGAGGCCAUCUGCCUGACGGGCAUCACCGACACCAUGGUGGACAUCUUUGCCCGCUACGUCGAAAAGUUCAACGACUUCCAAACGGCGACGCUCGUCAUGUCCAUCUGCGCGCCGCGGUACAUCGACGACAUCCGCUGCCGCGCAUGGCGCAACGCCUACAGGGCCUACCUGCAGCGCCACCGCUUCUUCUUCCAGCGCACCAAGUUCGAGGUCGAGUCGACGAAGCGCUCCAAGCGCGAGGGCGUCCCCGCGCUCAAGCCCUCGUCGCGCCAGAUCGCCCUCCGCUGCGUCUACUGCGACGCCAGCACGUCCCUCGCCAACCACCACAAGGCGGCGGCGGCGCCCAUGGUGCCCUCGUCCGCCAUGGAGACGCGCAACCCCAUGCUGGCGACGAGCAUCAACGCCGGCGUCAGCUGUCCCAAUUGCGGGAGGCACCUGCCGCGGUGCAUCCUCUGCUACGAGGUCGUCGGCGUGCCGCGGUCGGACCGGCCCGAGGAGAGGGAGGAGACGCGCAUGGCGAGCAGGUUCCCGACGUUUUGUCUCCGGUGCGAGCAUGUCCUGCACUUGGACCACGCGAGGGAGUGGUUUGCGAGGCAUGCCGAGUGUCCUGUGCCCGAGUGUCGGUGUCGUUGCAGUUUCAGGGCGAAUCCGGAGCUGAACUAUCAUUAG